CCCCAAAUCUUCCCCACCCUGGGGAGUGUCACUUCCUCCUCUGCAGUCUCCCAGAUCAGUACACAAAGGCUGCUGCUGCCGCCAGAGGAAGGGCUGCUCUGCACGCACCUAUGUGGAAACUAAAGCCCAGAGAGAAAGUCUGACUUGCCCCACAGCCAGUGAGUGACUGCAGCAGCACCAGAAUCUGGUCUGUUUCCUGUUUGGCGCUUCUACCACUACGGCUUAGGAUCUCGGGCAUGGUGGCUUUGCCAGUGGUCCUUGUUUUGCUGCUGGUCCUGAGCAGAGCUGAGAGUGAAUUGGAUGCCAAGAUCCCAUCUACAGGGGAUGCCACAGAAUGGCGGAAUCCUCACCUGUCCCCGCUGGGGUCCUGCCAGCCAGCCGCCUCCUGCCAGAAGUGCAUUCUCUCACACCCCAGCUGUGCAUGGUGCAAGCAACUGAACUUCACCGCGUCGGGGGAGGCGGAGGCGCGGCGCUGCGCCCGACGAGAGGAGCUGCUGGCUCGAGGCUGCCCGCUGGAGGAGCUGGAGGAGCCCCGCGGCCAGCAGGAGGUGCUGCAGGACCAGCCGCUCAGCCAGGGCGCCCGCGGAGAGGGUGCCAUCCAGCUGGCGCCGCAGCGGGUCCGGGUCACGCUGCGGCCUGGGGAGCCCCAGCAGCUCCAGGUCCGCUUCCUUCGUGCUGAGGGAUACCCGGUGGACCUGUACUACCUUAUGGACCUGAGCUACUCCAUGAAGGAUGACCUGGAACGCGUGCGCCAGCUCGGGCACGCUCUGCUGGUCCAGCUGCAGGAAGUCACCCAUUCUGUGCGCAUUGGUUUUGGUUCCUUUGUGGACAAAACAGUGCUGCCCUUUGUGAGCACAGUACCCUCCAAGCUGCGCCACCCCUGCCCCACCCGGCUGGAGCGCUGCCAGUCACCCUUCAGCUUUCACCAUGUGCUGUCCCUGACGGGGGACGCGCAAGCCUUCGAGCGGGAGGUGGGGCGCCAGAGUGUGUCCGGCAAUCUGGAUUCGCCUGAAGGUGGCUUCGAUGCCAUUCUGCAGGCUGCACUCUGCCAGGAGCAGAUUGGCUGGAGAAAUGUGUCCCGGCUGCUGGUGUUCACUUCAGAUGACACAUUCCAUACAGCUGGGGACGGGAAGUUGGGCGGCAUUUUUAUGCCCAGUGAUGGGCACUGCCACUUGGACAGCAAUGGCCUCUACAGUCGCAGCACAGAGUUUGACUACCCUUCUGUGGGUCAGGUAGCCCAGGCCCUCUCUGCAGCAAACAUCCAGCCCAUCUUUGCUGUCACCAGUGCCGCACUGCCUGUCUACCAGGAGCUGAGUAAGCUGAUUCCUAAGUCUGCAGUUGGGGAGCUGAGUGAGGACUCCAGCAAUGUGGUACAGCUCAUCAUGGAUGCUUAUAAUAGCCUGUCUUCCACCGUGACCCUUGAACACUCUUCACUCCCUCCUGGGGUCCGCAUUUCUUACGAAUCCCAGUGUGAGGGUCCUGAGAAGAGGGAGGGUAAGGCUGAGGAUCGAGGACAGUGCAACCACGUCCGAAUCAACCAGACGGUGACUUUCUGGGUUUCUCUCCAAGCCACGCACUGCCUCCCAGAGCCCUAUCUCCUGAGGCUCCGGGCCCUUGGCUUCUCAGAGGAGCUGAUCGUGGAGUUGCACACGCUGUGUGACUGUAACUGCAGUGACACCCAGCCCCAGGCUCCCCACUGCAGUGAUGGCCAGGGACACCUACAAUGUGGGGUAUGCAGCUGUGCCCCUGGCCGCCUAGGUCGGCUCUGUGAGUGCUCUGAGGCUGAGCUGUCCUCCCCAGAUCUGGAAUCUGGGUGCCGGGCUCCCAAUGGCACAGGGCCCCUGUGCAGUGGAAAGGGUCACUGCCAAUGUGGACGCUGCAGCUGCAGUGGACAGAGCUCUGGGCAUCUGUGCGAGUGCGACGAUGCCAGCUGUGAGCGACAUGAGGGCAUCCUCUGUGGAGGCUUUGGUCGCUGCCAAUGUGGAGUAUGUCACUGUCAUGCCAACCGCACGGGAAGAGCAUGCGAAUGCAGUGGGGACAUGGACAGUUGCAUCAGUCCCGAGGGAGGGCUCUGCAGUGGGCAUGGACGCUGCAAAUGCAACCGCUGCCAGUGCUCGGAUGGCUACUAUGGUGCUCUAUGCGACCAAUGCCCAGGCUGCAAGACACCAUGCGAGAGACACCGGGACUGUGCAGAGUGUGGGGCCUUCGGGACUGGCCCACUGGCCACCAACUGCAGUACAGCUUGUGCCCAUACCAACGUGACCUUGGCCUUGGGCCCUAUCUUGGAUGAUGGCUGGUGCAAAGAGAGGACCCUAGACAACCAGCUGUUCUUCUUCUUGGUGGAGGAUGACACCAGAGGCAGGGUCGUGCUCAGAGUGAGACCCCAAGAAAAGGGAGCAGACCACACCCAGGCCAUUGUGCUGGGCUGCGUAGGGGGCAUCGUGGCAGUGGGGCUGGGACUGGUCCUGGCUUACCGGCUCUCGGUGGAAAUCUAUGACCGCCGGGAAUACAGUCGCUUUGAGAAGGAGCAGCAACAACUCAACUGGAAGCAGCUCCUAGGAUUCGGCUCAAGGCUGGCCUCUUAGGUCUAGAAAGGGGACGAGGAAUCGUGGGAUUUUUGCUUAUAAUCUGCAACAUCUUUCUCCAGGACAGUAAUCCUCUCUACAAAAGUGCCAUCACGACCACCAUCAAUCCUCGCUUUCAAGAGGCAGACAGUCCCACUCUCUGAAGGAGGGAGGGACACUCACCCAAGGCUCCUCUCCUUGGAGGACAGUGGGAACUGGAGGGUGAGAGGAAGGGUGGGUCUGUAAGACCUUGGUAGGGGACUAAUUCACUGGUGAGGUGUGGUCACCACCCUACUUCAUUUUCAGAGUCACACCCAAGAGGGCUGCUUCCCAUGCCUGCAACCUUGCAUCCACCUGGGCUACCCCACCCAAGUAUACAAUAAAGUCUUACCUCAGA